CUUCUCUACUUUUUUAGUGUUACAAAAGAUGCGUCAAAGGGGAAAGUAGGAGUUUGAGUCUUUCUCACGCCAAUCGCCUUUCCUUUCCUUCUCCCCCAACUUCUUCUUCAACACUAUAAAAGCAUCCCACACACUCUCUACCCCUCACCCAUCUUUCCCUUUUCCUCUCCUUUCUCAUUUCAUUCUGCACUGCACGACUCAACCAAUACCUUUUCAAGCUCUCCAUAUUCUGUUUCUUUUUUCAUUCAUUUAUUCUUAACAAAAAAGAGAGGCUUACUUCAAUCUUGUCCAAAUGGAGAAGUUGCAUUUUGUGAAGAACGGAGUCGUGGUUCGCCUACCUCCCGGUUUUCGGUUCCACCCCACGGAUGAAGAGCUGGUCGUCAAGUACCUCAAAUGCAAGGUUCUGAGACGCCCUUUGCCGGCUUCCAUCAUCCCGGAGGUUGACAUAUCCAAAUCUGAUCCAUGGGAUUUGCCAGGUGAUUUUGAGAAGGAGAGGUACUUCUUUAGCACAAAGGAGGUGAAGUAUGCCAAUGGGAGCAGAUCAAACAGAGCCACCAGCUCCGGGUACUGGAAGGCAACCGGACUCGACAAGCAAAUUUUGAGCAGCGGGAGCAAUAAGGGCAGCAGAUACCACCCGGACGUGGUCGGGAUGAAGAAAACUCUCGUUUUCUACCACGGGAAGCCGCCUCACGGGAAGCGAACUGAUUGGAUCAUGCACGAGUAUCGCCUCAGCAAUGUUGCAGAAUCGGAGAAUUGGGUCUUGGUUCGCAUAUUUUUGAAGCAAAGAGGGGGGAGGGGUGAAGAAGACAGCAGGCAGAACCAGUACAUAAGUACAGAGAAUUUGAGGACCGGGAACCGGGUUUUCUACAAUUUCAUGGCGAGGGGAACGGCGGCCGACGGCGUGAAUGUGGUGGUGGUUCCGGGUUCGCCGUCUUCCGGGUGUAGUGGGGUUACGGCGGAGGUUUCAUCGAAUGAAGAUAAAUCAGACGAUAACGAAGAGAGCAGUUGCAAUAGUUUGGCCAGUUUUAGAAAACAGAAUUAGCUUAUAAUUAGAGUUUGUCAAAAAAAUCCAGUUCCGGCCAGUUUCGUCCGUUCGUUUUAGCUUGUACCAAUUUCAGAUAAGUGAAGUUUCAUUUCAGACUCUCACCUUGAGGGUUUUUACUCUUCCUGUAAAAGUAGAUUGACUUUAUGUAUUUGCUUACCUCCGGAAAUGCAAAGCACAAUAAAAUUUGAGAAAUAUGAAUUCAAAAUGUGUGCCCAUUUUUUCUAAUAAGUACCAAGUAUUUUAUUACUCCUUUCA